AUGCGGCUAGCCAUAAUCCUUGUGUUCCUGAGCCCGAUUGGCACACAGAGCGCUUCUCUGAGCGGGAUUCUGGUGGCCCUCAGGAAGGAGCUACGCUACACAACCAUUCUCGUCGUGGGAGGAUCCCCUUCGUGCUGGGGCCUGGAGCCCUUCAGAAGCGAUGUUCCCAUUAUAAACAUGAGGGGCAUGAGCAACGCGCAUCCGAAAGGUAUUUUCAACACACGGAUGCUGGCACUGGCCUGCUUGCAGAACCAAAGCGGAGAUGCAGUGAAGUCGCUGUAUGGCAACCUGGAUGGCAUGCGAGAUACUCCUACCUUACUAGUCGCCUCCUCGGACGAGGAGAUGCGUGAUCUAUUCCUGGGUUGUUUCAGCGAACACAUGCUCAAUGUGCUGGCACUGGCGGGCUCCGAUACAGAGUUCAUCUACAGCUACCAGGCGUUCCCAGCACUCCGCGUUAUAAGGCGAAAGGUGGCGGAGGUUCAGCGGUACUUCGCUCCACAGCUGAAGGAUCUUGGGGGGCAUACAGUGACCGCACUACCCAGCAACAUAAUGCCGUGCACCAUAUGGUAUAGGGAUGCCGAGGGAAAGUGCAAAUUGAGCGGAUACCUGCACACCUUCCUAUGGAACUAUGUGGACAACAUUAAUGCGACUCUGAAGAUCUGGGACGUCGUGCCCGAGGAGGGUAAGCUGCACUUCACAGUGUCGAGGCUCUCGAAGGUACAGCACGUGGACUUCCCGCUGGAAAUCGUUUCCCUUUACAAUAAGUCAGGCAGCCAGCAAGUGCCUAUGGAGAUAUCCAGCUGGUUCCUGAUGUUGCCCAUGGAGGACCCCGUUCCUCGAGCGCAUCUCUUCGUCAAACUGGGCCUGGAGAGGCUGCUGGCCAUCAUAAUAGUUGUGGGUGUGGUGCUCGGCAAUGCCCAUCGGCUCGAGAUGGGCCUGAGCCCCAGCUGGCGUUGCUACUACGUGGCGGAUAGGGUGCUGCGAGGAGCCUUGGCGCAGACAAUUAUACUUCCGAGAAGGCUCUCCCCCAAACUGAUGUUUAUUUAUUGCCUGCUCCUGCUGAGUGGCUUCUUUUUGAGCAACUACUACUUGGCCAACCUGACGACGUGGCUCGUACAUCCGCCGGCGAGUGAUCCCGUCCUGAAAUGGAAAGAGUUCCGCUUACGGCAGCUGAAAGUCCUCAUCACCCCCGAAAAGUUAGACUACCUGUCAUUGAUUUGGGGCACGGACUUCACAAAGGCCUACAGCGAUAUAUUUAGGCUCACGAACUCCACGGAUUUCCAGAGGAGGCGCAUCGCCUUGGAUCCCUCCUACGCCUACCCCGUGAGCACUAGCUUGUGGCCGUUCCUAGAGCAGUCCCAGGUGAGACUAUGGCGCCCCCUAUUCCGACGAUCCAAGGAGCUGGUGUUCCAGCCGUUCCAAAUCAUGUCCAUGCCGCUGCCUAGGAACUCCAUUUUCUACAAGUCCGUUCUUCGAUAUGCUGCUCUUACCCGCGAAACCGGACUCUAUGUCUUCUGGUUCCGGCGCAGCUACUACGAACUGGUGGCUCUCCGAAAGAUCUCGUACAAGGAAGACGAGGGCAACCCGUACUGCGACCUCAAGUGGACCGACUUUCUGCUCGUGUGGCUGGGCUUCCUGGGAGGAACUUGCAUGAAUGUCCUGGUGCUCCUCUUGGAGGUAGCUCAUUACAAGUGGCAUGCGAGGAACGCCGCACUCUAA